CAGACACGCACAAACACGUCACACCUCUUACCCAAUCACCUGCUCCUACUACUACUACUACUAUAAUCAUAAUAACAGCUCCAUUUGCAACUCAUGGUCUCCCUCCAUCCUGGAAAUGGCCACCCCCUCCUCCCAUGCGCCGCCUUCCUACUCCCCCAUCCCCGCCUCCUCCCGGCGGUUCAAGAAGCAGCUCCUCCCCAGCAUCUUGUAUUCAUCUAUCCUUUUGUUGCCAUUAGUCCUCGUGAUUGUCAACAGAAGGCCAGAAGGGGUGUCGCAGGUACCGCCGGAGAAGGUCUCCCGGCUGAUUAGCCACGGAGGGUUGACUUUUUCUUGGACUAAUAUUAUGCUGUCAUGGCAGAGGACGGCUUACCAUUUUCAACCAGAAAAGAAUUGGAUGAAUGAUCCUAAUGGUCCAUUGUUUCAUAAGGGAUGGUAUCACCUGUUCUACCAAUACAAUCAAGAUUCGGCUAUUUGGAGCAACAUCACAUGGGGCCAUGCAGUAUCAAGGGACCUCAUCCACUGGCUCCACCUUCCUUGUGCAAUGCUCCCUGAUCAAUGGUACGAUAUCAACGGAGUUUGGACAGGAUCCGCCACGAUCCUCCCCGAUGGUCGGAUCAUGAUGUUGUACACAGGAAACACCCAUGAUCUCGUGCAGGUGCAGUGUCUAGCGUACCCCGCCAAUCUAUCCGAUCCCCUCCUUCUUGAAUGGGUCAAGUACCCGAAUAACCCGGUCAUGAUCCCUCCACCGGGUAUUGGCCAUGAGGACUUUAGGGAUCCGACAACUGCUUGGCGUAGCCCGGGAGGAGACAAGUGGCGGAUUACAAUUGGGUCGAAAGUCAAUAAAAUGGGUAUUUCACUUGUUUAUGAGACUGCUGACUUCUUCAAGUAUGAGUUGUUGGAGGGGUACUUGCAUGAAGUCCCGGGCACGGGUAUGUGGGAGUGCAUCGAUCUUUACCCGAUUUCUUUGAAGGAAGCAAACGGGUUGGAUACAUCAGCUAAUGGGCCCGAUAUUAAGCACGUGAUGAAAGCAAGUUUGUUUGAUGACGGAAAUGAUUAUUAUGCACUCGGAACAUAUGACCCGAUUGAGAACAAGUGGACUCCCGAUGACCCGGAAUUGGACGUGGGUGUUGGCUUAAGAUAUGACUACAGGAAGUAUUAUGCAUCAAAGACAUUUUAUGACCAAAAUAAGAAGAGGAGAAUUUUAUGGGGUUGGAUCAAAGAAACUGAUGCUGAAGAACUUCAUAUCCUGAAAGGCUGGGCUUGUGUUCAGUCUAUUCCGAGGACCGUUUUGUUUGACCCAAAGACAGGCAACAACAUACUCCAAUGGCCUGUAGAAGAAGUGGAGAGCCUGAGAUCAGAUAGUUUUGAGUUCAACGUAAAGCUUGAACCAGGAUCGGUUGUGCCAAUUGAAGUCGACUCAGGAUCACAGCUGGACAUAGUUGCCUCAUUUGAAUUAGACAAAGAGGCGUUUGAGGAGACAACUGAAGCAGACGUCGGAUAUGACUGCCCUACAAGCGGUGGCUCUGUUAAUAGGGGAAUGUUAGGACCAUUUGGCAUCAUCAUUCUUGCUGAUGAAAAUCUAUUGGAGUUGACACCAAUCUACUUUUACAUUGCUAAAGGGCAUAACAGGAAGGUCGAGACUCAUUUUUGUGCUGAUGAGUUGAGGUCAUCGGUAGCUGCUGAUGUGGACAAAAUAGUUUACGGGAGCAAAGUCCCCGUGCUUGAUGGUGAAAACUUAACCAUUAGAUCAUUGGUGGAUCACUCCAUUGUGGAGAGCUUUGCACAAGGAGGAAGGAGAGUGAUCACAUCAAGAAUUUACCCUACAAAGGCCAUUGAUGGUGAAGCACGCAUUUUCCUGUUCAACAAUUCCACGGGAGCCAGCGUCGCUGCUGUUGAGACGAGGGUGACUGCAUCCGUCAAGAUCUGGAAGAUGAGCUCCGCAAAUAUUCGCCCCUUCCCCUUGGAAUAUGGAGUUAAUUAAGUUGUUAAAACUCAUGUGCUUGUUAACAAUGUCGUGUUAGCUUUGCUUUUAUUUUGUAAGAAUUACAAAGCUCUUGGAAAUUUGGUCGCCCACUCAAU